GAGCUGUUUUCUCUUUUCACGUUGCUGCCUCACCAGAAGAAGCCCACGUACAGCCCCGGGGGUGUUGGACCCUGCUCAGCACUCUCACCUGGCUGAAGCAACCAUCGGCUCCUUCUCUUCCAGUCCUGUGCUGAUGUUUUCACUAGCACAGCAUCUACUGCUUAGUAUUUUGUGAUAAAUUCAGUAGAAAAGUAUUUAUAGCAAAUUAAUACUAAAUUUAAAUGGCUCUGGUGCUUCCAGUGGUUUUAUCAGAUGAAUAGGAAGAUUCCAAGGAGUUUUGAACAGGCUGAUGACUGACAGAAGAUAUUAGAAUUCCAGUACAGCUGUCCUGCAAGCAGCAGAAGUCUCACUGAGCACACUGUAUCAGAUGUUUUUGUUCUGAGGCAAAAGGUUGGAACGACAUGAAAAAUUAGAACGGGAUUUGCCAAAUAAAGAAGAUGGGAGCAAAUAGCAGCAGCAUCAGCGAGCUUCCAGAAAAUGAGUACUUAAAAAAAUUAUCAGGAGCAGAGCCCAUCUCUGAGAAUGACCCGUUUUGGAAUCAGCUGCUGUCUUUUAGCUUUACCACUCCAACAAACAGUGCUGACUUAAAGCUCUUGGAAGAAGCCACAAUCUCAGUCUGCAAGUCUUUAGUUGAGAAGAAUCCUCGAACAGGAAACCUUGGGUCGUUGAUCAAAGUCUUUCUUUCUAGAACCAAAGAGUUAAAAAUUUCAGCAGAAUGUCAGAAUCACCUCUUUAUUUGGCAGGCUCACAACGCACUGUUUAUUAUUUGCUGUCUGCUGAAAGUGUUCAUCAGUCGAAUGUCAGAAGAGGAGCUGCAACUUCAUUUUACUUACGAAGAGAAAGCACCGGGCUCAUAUGGAACAGAGUGCGAAGACCUCAUAGAAGAGUUGCUGUGUUGCCUCAUCCAGCUCAUUGUUGAAAUUCCCCUCUUGGAUAUUACAUACAGCAUUUCCUUGGAAGCUGUGACAACUCUCGUUGUCUUCCUUUCCUGCCAAUUGUUCCACAAAGAAAUUCUACGAGAGAGCAUCAUCCACAAAUACCUGAUGCAUGGUCGAUGUCUCCCGUAUACCAGCAGACUUGUGAAAACUUUACUAUAUAAUUUCAUUAGACAAGAAAGAAGCCCUCCUCCAGGGACCCAUGUCUUUCAGCAGCAAACAGAUGGAGGAGGACUACUGUACGGAAUUGCAUCCGGAGUGGCAACUGGCCUGUGGACAGUCUUCACGCUAGGUGGGGUGGGGAGCAAACCAACGCCGCAGCUGGAGCAGUGCUCCCCUCUAGCUAACCAGAGUCUGCUGCUUCUGCUGGUCUUGGCUAAUCUGACCGAUGCUCCAGAUACACCAAAUCCCUACAGGCAAGCGAUUAUGUCCUUCAAGAACACACAAGAUAGCACUGCUUUUUCAUCAUCAAAUCCACAUGCUUUCCAGAUUAAUUUUAACAGUUUGUACACAGCUUUGUGCGAGCAGCAGAAAUCUGAUCAAGCGACUCUUCUUUUAUACAUGCUUCUGCAUCAAAACAGCAACGUACGGACGUAUGUGUUGGCACGAACGGACAUAGAAAAUCUUGUUCUGCCAAUUCUUGAAAUUCUGUAUCACGUUGAAGAAAGGAAUUCACACCAUGUUUACAUGGCUCUUAUCAUUUUGCUGAUCCUUACAGAGGAUGAUGGCUUCAACCGAUCCAUUCAUGAAGUGAUACUGAAAAAUAUCACUUGGUAUGCUGAGCGUGUCUUAACAGAGAUCUCACUUGGGAGUCUCCUGAUACUAGUUGUGAUAAGAACCAUCCAGUACAACAUGACACGGACAAGGGACAAAUACCUUCAUACAAAUUGUCUGGCAGCCUUAGCAAAUAUGUCAGCACAGUUCCGCUCACUUCAUCAGUAUGCUGCACAGAGGAUCAUCAGUUUAUUUUCUUUGUUGUCUAAAAAACACAACAAAGUGCUGGAGCAAGCCACGCAGUCCUUAAGAGGUUCCCUCGGUUCAAAUGACUCUCCGCUUCCUGAUUAUGCGCAAGAUCUGAAUGUGAUUGAAGAAGUCAUCCGCAUGAUGUUGGAGAUCAUCAACUCCUGCCUGACAAAUUCUCUUCACCACAACCCAAACUUGGUGUACGCGCUGCUGUACAAGCGGGAUCUGUUUGAACAGUUUCGAACUCACCCUUCCUUCCAGGACAUAAUGCAAAAUAUAGAUCUGGUGAUCAGCUUCUUCAGCUCCCGAUUAGAGCAAGCUGGAGCUGAGCUGUCAGUGGAGCGAGUUCUGGAAAUCAUCAAGCAAGGAGCCGUGGCUUUGCCCAAAGACAGGCUCAGAAAGUUCCCCGAGCUGAAGUUCAAGUAUGUGGAGGAGGAGCAGCCUGAGGAGUUCUUCAUCCCCUACGUUUGGUCCUUGGUCUACAACUCUGCUGUGGCCCUGUACUGGAACCCGCAUGACAUCCAGCUCUUCACUAUGGACUCCGGCUGAAGGAGACGCCCCCAGCCAAGCCAACUCAACUCCGUCUUCUUACGGAAAACGAACCUCUGCACCGCGUGUUAAUACGUGACCCCUUCCAGCGUGCACCCUUGGACCCCAAAGCUUACGGAGAAUGAAGCUUGCCGCUAGCGUACAGUCCAGCAUCGAUGUUUUGGAAGCAGAUUGCCACCAACACGCUGGCAACGGACUGUGGUGUGAGGAACUGAUGGCUUGUAGGCAACCUUGUAUUUAUAGUCCUAUAGCCUAGAGCUUGUUUGAUGAAAAUGAGGCCUUACACAUGGGGUAUGAUGUUACUACCAACCACAAACCUGAUUGUUCUUUUAACUUAACAGGGUAAAUGAGGAAAGAGAUUGCGGACUUGGAUUUGGAAGCAGCGUUUGUGUUUUCCUUUCUUUCAAGCAAGGCAGCUUCAUUGGGUUGAGCUUUCUAUGGUCUGUUGGAUUCUGCCAUGGGUUUGCUUGUUACCUAAUCCCACGCUUUCACUCACAGCCCUUCAUUUUGGUGGCGCUGUCGAGGCUGCGGCUGUUAAAUUGGUGUCUACGCCGUCGUCCGAGUGAACUCAGCAAGCGGCGUAUUAAUCAGGUUAGCUCCCCAGCAGAUUCAAACACUUCAUUUAGAUGUCAAAAUAUUUGUGGGAGGGUUUUCAAUAGCAAGACUCUUUUGUUGUUGUUUGACUGGCAAAUACUCUCUAGAGGGCUAGAAACACCGGCUUUUGGAGUCAGGUCCCUUAUGGUCUUGCUUUACUGUGCUUGUGUGCAAAAGCUGUUCCUGGAAAUUGAAGGUGGGCUUGGGGGAAAAAGAAAUCUCCAAAGAAAAUAGUUAUAAGAUUGUAAAAUAGACCAAUGUCCUGUAAAACUGUGUGCGAUGGUGACAGUGUGUUGUGGGGAUCCUUGGCAAAGUUCUGUGUUGAAAAUCCCCUCUUUGCUAUUAAAGGUUUUAUGGCAGAAGUAUAAAUUUAUCUGAAUGUAGAAUACUUCCCGGUUCUGUUGGUUUGAAGUGUCCUUUCCUGAUAUACCUGUUUCUGCCGUUGGAAGAACAAAAGGAAACGGCUUAACCUGAUUUUGAAAGACCACAUCUCGGUUUUCAAAAUGAGGAUCAUUCCUUCCUCGGCCGGGGAGGCUCCUGACGGUGCCCAUAGCACACGCGUGCGAACGCUCUGAGGCUGCUCUCUGGAGGACGGUCGCCAGCGCCUCGCGUGCCAGAACAUAAAUAUCAAGGAAUUACUUCCCAAAUAUACACAGUAACCCCUUGGACUCGCUGCCUGCUCCAGCAUGUUCUGGUUACUGACCUGAAGAAUCGGGUGCGUUUGCUUUCAGGCAGUCCUUUGAGUGGCUUUAAAUAGAAUUUCUUGCACCCUUUUUUUUUUUUUUCCCCCGAAGGAUGCGCUGGGGUUGUGCUUGCCUUUUAUCUGCUUAUUUAGAGGUGAAAGUCCAUUUGAGUCCUACGCAAAUAGAAAUGCUGGCUAAAAAAA